CACCAUAGAGCCUUCCGCUCUGGUCGAGGUGGGCUUCUGGCUACGGGUGCAAGUAGCGUACUUUCCACUCGCCGCGGAAAGCUAGAGGUUUACAACGGACGCACGGAAGCCAUGGCGUCCCGAAGCGGCUACAAGUCUCUUCCGGAUUCAGCCGCAGAGGAGGAUGCCCGAACCGCCGACGCGGAGCAACCUCAACAAGUUGCUGCUGCUGGCGCUCGCAGGCCAGCAGCACCCGGCAAGGGCAAAGACCCUCCCGAAGUCGGAGGAACAGGCUCUGUAGGAAGUGCCAGCGGCGGUGGCGGCGGCAGCAAAGCGACGACAACAACGGCGGAGCUAGAGAAAAAGGACCCUGCAGCUUCUUCAGCAGACGGCGGCGGCGGAGAGUUGCCCACCGCGCAGGGCAUCUUCGUCGGCGACCCCGUCUCCCAAUCCACACCGUACCACGCCGCCCCCCCUGCGCGUGCCACCGUGAUCACGUCUGCACCGACCUCUUACGAACAUGUGGCUGCCGCCGCCGCCGCCGCUGCUGCGGGCGACGGUCGUGGCAUUGCCGUGCCAAGCGGGGGAGGCGGGCAGCACACGGUGAUCGUGAUGAACGCGCCGCCGCCGGGGCAUCAGUUCGGAGAGUGGGGGAGGCAACCCCAGGCCUUUGUUUGUCGGGCCUGCGGGUUCACGGGCUUGUCACUAACCAUGACGGACCCUUGCUCCAACAUGCCAAUCCUGGCCGCGGCGUGCUGCUGCCUCGUGGGAUGCUGGCCCUGCAGCUUCGUCCCGUUCCUGAUUCCGGAGCUCCGAGAUACGGUGCACCGGUGCCCGAAUUGUCACAUAUCCGUUGGCCGAACUCGACAAUUCAAUUGAUCGAAAACAAGUUAUUGUAGUGUUACCUUCUUUGGUUCGCUUGUAGUCUUGACGGAAAGCAAGUGACAUAGUUUGAGAUUUUGCGGAGUAGUUGUGCUUUGUUGAUGUGCUUCUGAUUGGAUAGGAUGUAGAAGCCGUAUAGUAUGUAUGUAACGGUGGGUUUUUCUUUUUGUGCCUUUGAAGCGAAAGCGAACUUCGCAGUUUUUUGUAUGAGUGUUGUGUGGUGCCAUGCAUGUCUCCUGGUGAAUGGCGUCUUGUGUUUCUUCCACCACUCGGUUGGAGCUAGGCGCAUGGGGUAUGAUUUAUGGCGGGCCUUGCGGAUAUACCCUGAGUUGAGGGACCGCACGUUAUGUGAUGGUCAUCCCAGCGAUCGAUGUGAUAGAUGAGCGUGCUAAACGGCUCCCACCUCGUUCUGUGGGAACGAAUGUGAGACCACGGGGGGUCAAUAUGACCGGAUUCACCGGUGCUUUUCUCUUGGCUUUGUUGAGCGGGUGGUGGUUGUUUUGCCCGUUUCCAAGACGCACGGCGAUCAUUCAUGUCACGCUCCUUUGAGCUCCCAGUAAGAUCGCCCUCUUACGGCAUGGCACAUCGUACUGUACGGAAGCGUUAGCGAAGCUCUCGGAUAUACCUUUACCGUCCGCCACGCUGGCUGUAUUUUGCCUUCUCGAUAUUGACCGCGCUGUAAGAGAUAUCCGUCUGGACGGAACAUUGAAAACGGAACAUUGAAAACACUUGGAGUAGAACG